AGUAUCCAUAAAUAUUCUGAAUCAAUAUUCUUUUAUACGUUCGUUCUUCAUACCUCAAAAAUCCUUUCACACUUUAUCUCUUACAAAUCACAUUGCACCUCAAAUUUGAUUCAUUUACAACACUUUCUUCUAUCACCAAAACCAAAUCAAAUCAAAAAUCUUAGCUCAACUCAGUUCAUGGGAUCGCGGUGAUUGAUUCAGAUCGGAUCCACCGUGCCGACGAUGGCGGCGCCGAGGAGCUUCACGGCGUUGAAAGACGAAGAAAGCGGUGGUAGUAUGGAGCAGCUUGAAGACGAUUCCCCCAGCUCCAAGAAACCUAAAUUGGAAAAAUUCCCACUCAAUUCAUGGGAAUUCGCCGUCGCCGUCGCUGUUUUCUUCCUCUUCUCCACCGCUCUCUUCUGCAUUUACCUCACCAUGCCUGCAACUACCUCCGCUAACCUCAAAUUGCCUCGUACCCUCUCCGAUCUUCGCACUCUCAAGGAUCAAUUUUCGACGUAUGCGAAUGAGAAUCCAGUGCAGUUUAUUAUUGGGUAUUGUUCAACGUAUAUUUUUAUGCAGACAUUUAUGAUUCCUGGAACAAUUUUCAUGUCAUUGUUAGCUGGUGCACUUUUUGGAGUUGUUAGAGGGAUAAUGUUGGUUGUUUUCAAUGCUACUGCUGGAGCUUCUUCAUGUUUCUUUUUGUCUAAGUUAAUUGGGAGACCUAUUGUUACUUGGUUGUGGCCGGAAAGGUUGAGGUUUUUCCAAUCUGAGAUAGCAAAGCGUAGGGAUAAGCUGUUGAAUUACAUGCUUUUUCUGAGGAUAACCCCGACAUUGCCAAAUCUUUUCAUCAAUUUGGCAUCUCCAAUUGUUGAUGUACCAUUUCAUAUAUUCUUUUUCGCAACAUUGAUUGGCCUUAUUCCAGCCUCUUAUAUUACUGUCAGAGCUGGACUUGCUCUUGGGGAUCUUAAGUCAGUGAAGGACCUAUAUGAUUUUAAGACAUUAUCAGUGCUUUUCCUUAUUGGUUUUGUAUCUAUACUUCCGACAGUUUUGAAGAGGAAGCGAGUAUAUGAAUGAAGUUAUGCUGGCACACCUGAGCUUGCUUAAUCCAUUUGUAAAGCCACGUUACAGUGGAUCAAAGGGGAUAAUAGUUAACAUGAUAAAGGAAGAAUUGUUAUCAAAUGAAACAGUAGCCUCAUUUUUAUUUUCUAUGGUGGAGCCUCUCUUUUUUCUCUUCCUUUUUGAUCGCGUGGAGAGUUAGGGUAGACUUAGCUAGAGAUGAUCAAUAUACUCAGCCAUGGCUCGCGAGGCUUCGGUGGAGCGCUUAAAUUACACCUAAUCUAGCUUUGAUUGUAUCAGGAACGAUGUAGUGAAUGUUUAUUGAUGUGGUUGGCGUAUCUGCAUUCCACCACAUAGAAACAUACAUUAUUUACCUUGUACUAUUGCUUGUUUAUCAAUUACAAGAUAUAAUAGAGAAUUCCUAUUAUUCAUUA